CACCGCCUCCCCUCCGCAACCUCGCCGGCAAAAUCUCAGGCCGCGGCUACGGUCGCAACUCUUCGACGCGGACCCUGCCCUGCGGCCGUACAUCGCUGGGUUCAUCGCGAGUACCGAGGAUCGAAAAGGCUCCGCCACCACCGCUGCGUCGCCCACCGUCCCCGCCUCAUGAAUCGUGGUCCCGUCCGCUGCUGAUGUUCGAGAUAUGCUUCCAGGCCCUGUCCCCCCACCUCCACCUCUGCUUUUGGUUUUUACAGGAUCACCAGUUCUGAGUCUGGAAUGCGGUCUGCUACAUCAGCAGCUGUUGCCUCAGCUGUGUCGUCUGUGGUACAUUCUGCAGAAGGGCCAGUGAAGGGGUCUGAACUGGUAGCAUCCGUGCCUAUCUCUGCUGAAAUGCCAAAGGGCAGGAUGGACACACUGGUGCCAUCAGCGCCGUAUCUUCCAGAUGUGGAACGUUUGAUAUUGGGGUUGCUCUUGCUACCUGCAGUGCCAAUGAAGCCUGGGAGCGGGGAUUGUGCAAUGUGCAGAGAAUUUCUACCUACUGAAGUGCUCCUCAUACUGCCAGUGUGCUCGCACAUGUUUCAUCAGUCAUGCAUCAUCACUUGGCUAUGCCGCACCACACCACCAUGCUGCCCGUUUUGCCGUGCCUCUAUCACCAUUCCUGGCUGUAACAAGACUAAAGUUGAUCCAUCCUUCUGCUCAGUUGAAUACGACAUCGAGUCUCAGAUGCUAAUGCCAAUCCCACCUGGCGAGGUAGUAGCAGAGGCUGUCGGAGGAUCUCAUGGGUGGCUGCGCUCUUCCCUGGACAGAUUAUCUGGCAGCUGGAGAAUAUGCUCCAGCAAUCGUGCCACUCCAGCGGUUGUGCCAGUGUCCUCACGGCGUACCACUGGAAGUUGGAGCCACGGCAAUGACUCAGAUUGCUCUAAGGUACAGAAGCCGCUGCCAGUUCCAGAUGGUAAGGAGGUGCCAGAGGAAGUCAGGAGGUCUAUCGGGUGGCUGGGAUCUUUGGCCACGCUUUCUGGCAGCUGGAGUGGGUGCUCCAGCAGCUGUUCUUCUGAGAUGGGGUUGAUGGUGACUUUGAGGCAUGUCAAAGAAACCCUGACAUCAAGUGGACACAGCGAAACUGAUAAAUGGUCUAUGAGGUGGGACCUCGAGGCUGCUACGCCGACACCCGAGAGGCCAUCGUUAUAUGGCUAUGCCAGAUGGUUCUUCAGAAGCUCAGGUUGAACUGUCGCUUAACAUUCCCUAGCUAAAAGAAGGAAGUGAAUACAAAUUGUACAUCAGAAAACUGGAGUAGCAUUGAUUCUUUGCAUUGGAGAUACAAUACAGAUGGAUGCAGUCAUGCACCAGCGUUUUGUAUAGUACAAAUAGAUCAGGUUUUACCUUUUAGAUCAUUGGCUGUCCUUGGUCCUUCUGUCCAAGUCAAACUCUGAGCAAGAUAGCACGAAAAGUGUUGGAUAAGAGUCUCCCUGCCAUUCUUAGCAUUUUCUAUUGAAGUAAAAGAUUAAUCAUGGUAGAUAUAUAUCAUAUUAAAUGAUAGUUUUGAAAAAGCUUGAUUUUGCUUCUACUGUGAUAUAGCAUUAUGCUAUAUGUGCUUGAACUGUAAUCUGUGCUGCUACAAUGGAGCUGUACGAUGAUACUGUCUGGAAAUGUUCAGCUUGCAGCUGUUUGGUUGUAAAGAAUACGGUUGCAACCAAUUGGCCUGUGAUAUAUCC